AGAAUUAAAACCAACAAAACAUAACUUGUAUGACUCGGUGUCAAAAGUGAGAAAGUCAGAUUCAUAUUUCACGAUGCAUUCAAAUGCUCUGGUCAGACAUUCAAAAGAAACAUCAAACAUAUCAGCAAAUGUUAUUUUUGCUCAUUACAAAUGAAAAUCAGGGUCAUGAGGGCGUGGCUGGAAAAUGAAUGUGAAGCCACAGGAUCUAGUCUAGAGACGCGCCCUGACCUCUUUCUCAGCAGCUUUUGCUACAAGCUCAUUCUCAGAGACAGUUACAUAAACAUUCAGGAAAAGCAGAUUCAGAAUUCUGACUUCCUGUGUCUUCUUCCAGAUCUUGAGGAUGUACAACAACUCGUCCCACUUCUCCUCUGGCUGUACCUCGUUUAGCCUCGUCGAUAUAGACGUUGUUGUUGCAUGCCUCUUCCUGGUUCUUUUCCCCGUCGCCUUGUUGCUGAACGGGGUGGCGCUGUGGGUUUCUUUGCACCUCCAGUCCCUUUCCACUUUCAUAGUGUACCUUAAAAAUCUGCUGAUGGCUGACCUGCUCAUGACCAUGACAAUGCCUCUGAUAGCAGCAAGCAUGCUUCCUGGAGCCACGUCUGAGCUGAAGGUCUUCAAUUGCCGCUACGCUGGCGUUGUUUUCUACACCAGCAUGUACACAAGCAUCACUUUGAUGGGUCUCAUCAGCCUGGACCGCUUCUUCAAGAUUGUUCAGCCAUGUGGGAAGGUGUUGGGGCAGAACGUGAUGUUCAGUGUGAUAAUGUGCUCCGUGGUUUGGGUGGCUUUAUUUGGCGGCACAGCUUUUCCACAUUUCAUUCUGACAGACCAGGCUCCUAAUAAUCGAUCAGCGAGUUUCUGCAUGGCCCUGAAAAGUCCAGCUGGGACGGCUCUUCACAGCUACGUGGUGGCAUUAAUGGAGUUGCUUUUCUGGCUUGUCUGCUCUCUGGUUGUUUUCUGCUACAGUUGCAUCACAAUGAAAGUCCUGCAGUCUUUCAGAAACUCUGGAAGCAACAACAGGCAGGGGAAGAAGAAAACCAAUCGGCGAGUCUUCCUGAUCCUUCUUGUGUUCUUCGUGUGCUUUGUUCCUCUGCAUUUCCUGCGCAUUCCUUAUACUCUUUAUCAAAUUUUCCACAUUAGUGUCUGUCGUCAGAAAUGGGUGCUGAUAUUACACAAGUUCUCUGUCUGGGUCGCUUCCUCAAACGCCAUCUUGGACCCUUUUCUGUACAUCUACUUGUGCAAAGACUACAGAGAAAAGCUGAUUGACUUGAUGAAAGGCUGCGGUAUCGACGUUCAACGCUAGCAAAGCAAGAAGAAUCCCAUUUGAAAACUGCAAAAACUGCCUUCUAAAAAGUAACAAAAGCCUUGUUUUUAGACAUUUAUCUUAUUUUUGGUCUAAAAAGAAAAAAAAUUCUAAAAAUAUAAUUACUUAAAAUGAGGUUCACAUUCCUAAAUAUGAUUCAAAUUUUCUUGUUUUGAUUAAAAGAAAAUCUGCCAAUAGGGUGAGCAAAAGUUACGUGGAUAGAAGUCUUAAAGUCAAGCUAGGCAGCUUUUCUUGAUAGACCCUUUACAAAGUUAAUGAAACGCCUCUCAGACCUUAGCACCCCUUGUGGCCAGAAAACGGCAUUUGCAACUUCAGAGUGCCGGUCCGGUCUGUGGACAAAAAUGGAGCUGACAUACCUGACGCUGCAGUCUGCUUCCGGCACGUUUCCUGCAGGUUUUAGAUCAUGAACACAGCUGAUUCUUUAGUUCUUCCGGCUCUUGGCGGGUGCAGACGCUUUUUUCCUCCUCUCAUCCAUAUCUUAUCCUCAAGGCCCUUUGUCUGUCUCUGUGUGCUGGGUGCACGGCUGCUUCUGCAUUUUUUGUGGAAACUGGAAACUGAAAUUCACUAAAAUGGAUCUCGUUAUCUGGUGUCUCAACGCGAUUGAUAAAAUUUUUUCAACGAUGAGAACGGGAGAAGGGGCUCCCGGAUGUCCCUCCGGCACAGACCCAGUUGGACACAUAAUGGACUUCUGGAAACAGUGGAACUUGAUCUGUUUAUCUCAGCUGUCUGUGGAGACUCUGAAGAUGUGUGGAUAUUUGUGGUGUUGGUGUCAGGUUUCCUGCUCAUUGACCUUGGAGGCUACCUGGCUUACCGGAAAAUUAACGAGCUGUCGAGGAAUAUUGGCGUGAUCCCGGAGCUCAGAGAUGGUUUGCACCGCGCUGUGAAUUCACAGACUCAAAUAAUUGUCGAGAUGAAUCAUGAGCUUGGGACGUUGGCCGAGAUUAAUUCAUUGGCACAAAAAAUGGAUGCCAUCAAGGAGAGAGUGGACGAAUCAGCACGGAUUGGGAUAGUUUAAUGUCCAUUAUUGGGAUUUUGAGAAGUUGAGGACCAACAAACUGUAAGACAGAGGAAAUUAUCUCUGUCUGGCCCCAAAACAAUGUCUAAUCGGAAUAUGGCGUCCUUGAGCCUGCAAGGCUCCAACGAAAACUCCCCCCUCAUAAGAUAUGUGGAAUGUGCCAUCGAUAUGGCAACUCAACUCUGUCUCCUUUCCCAGCCUGGGUGAGACUGCGGGAAGGCCGCUGAAGCGUCCAGGGUCACUGCAACCCUUCAACCCUCAAUGCUCCUCCCCCUAUCCACACUGAGGUGACAUGCACUGCUUCUAUCGUGGCUGCAGGAACUGAAGUGUGGAUAGUCCCAACCCACCACCCCACCUAGUGGACACUUAUGUUGUGUAAUGUCUGAAGUCUGUUGCAUAUCUGUCUGAGGUGUUUUUUUUUGUUGUUGUUGUUGUUUUUGCAGAGCAAAGCUGCCCUCCCGGUGGAGGGUAAGUCUGAAGUGGCUUUUUUUUCCUCCACCUGAACCAGUCCUCAUGUAACCCCUCUUAUCUCUAUUAAGGUAGCGCGACUCAGGGUUGCGAAUGACCACAGUCACCAAUUCUUGUCAAGUGUCUUACCCUUGUAUGUCUGAUCUCUGAAUUGUGUGUACUGAAACUCUAAUUUUCCUCUGGGAUUAAUAAAGUAUCUUUGAUUGAAUCACUCCUGUAGACGCUAAUGAAGGCUGGGGAGACAUUUCAGCUGUUAAUUAAGGUGCUGAAGACAAACGCACAGCGAGAAGAUAGGUUUGCUUUCAGUUCUACAAAUGGGAGCUAGAGGGUGCUAAAAGCAAGCCAAAACUGCUUAGUUCUUUAAAACUAGCAAAUAAAUCACAGUUUUGAUUAUUUUGCACAUUUAUUUUAGAUGAGACACCACAUAAGAUUUAUUUUUUCUUUUUAGACAAAAAUAUGAUAAAAUGUCUAAACAUAAGGCUUUUUUAGAAAUCCGUUUUUGCAGUGUAAAACUAGGAGUUAAUUGUAGGAAAAGAUGCACAUGAAAAGAAACUCUCAUCAGACAGAAAGAGCUGGUUUUGAAAUGUUGUGUUGCACAGCCAUCUAGUGACCUAACUCAGACCAACAUCUAUAUAUGCAAAAACAUACAUCUGCAGAGGAGUUCUUUGGUUAGAUGGCUCAAAGUCCAUCUUAACAAAUGUUAUUAUGCAUGCAAUAGCUUAUAAAGUGGAUAAUAUAGAACAGCAAAGCAUAUACCUGAGAGAUAACUGUUUCAGAAAACCUUUGCACAAAAUGAAAAUAUCAAGAGUUACAUGUGAAAAAUGAAAAAGUACAAUUAGAUUUUCACCAAAGAUCACAGAUCUUACAGGUGUGGUUCACUGAAAAACCAUUAUGUGAUGAUUAUUUCUGAUUAUAAUGAGCCACUCUGAGUCUUUCAUGCAGGUUGAACAUGAAGAUAGUCUCCUACACCUAUCUCCUGCAUUAUCAUCUGAUAGAAAAAAGAUUAUGAAACUUUGAAAAUCCUGAACAUGUGAUGUCUGUUUUUGAUAAAAACCAUUAAAAGCUUUCCCUAUUUUUGCAUACAUCCUGAUAAAUUAUCCUUUUUGUCACAGCUGGAACUUGAAUUUGUUUGAUAUGAAAAUCAGCAGUGGCUGUCCUGUCAUCGCAGUCAGAUGGAUCAUUUCAUAACUUUGUGUUUGAGGAGAAAGAAUCCGAUCAUCAUUUGUAAGUUUCUAUCUACUAUCAGUCUGUAAACAUGCUACUCAGCUUACAUUAUGUUAUAGAUUGUACGACCAUUUUUUAAAAUGUUACUUUAUGAAAGAAUCAGAACUAUUAGAAAUGUGGGACUUACAAAUGUUGUACAGAUAAGUUUAAACAGAAAUGUGGGUUUUUGCUUAUUUCAGUAAUUAAAUACAUUUAUAAUGAACCAUGAUGAUUAUUUAUGAUGAUUAUUAUGAACCUUGUAAUAAACAGUAAAAAGAGUUUAUUAAAAAUGAUUAUUUUAAA